GCAUGAGGCUCCACGUGGCGAGCUCAUUCUUCGUCGAGGACGGCAUUGGCCAGAUCAUCGGCUGUCUCGAGCAGCAGUACGUGGAGGCGGGAGGCCAGUCAGAGCUCGUCGUGGUCUUCGACUGCGAUGGAGUUCGCGGCGUGUCGCAAUCGUGCCGCUGGCGCCAGCGAAGGGCCUUUCGGCCGGAGGACGUGAAGACCUACGAGGCGAAGAGACUGCAGGUGUUCCUGGCCAGGGAGCGCUUCAUGGCCGACAAGCUGGCUGGCAAGCACCAGGAGGAGAAAAAGGAGAUCUCUGGGGAGGCGGUGCACAUCAAUAUAUGGCAGUGCCCAAGCUGUGGAGCGAAGAACUUCGGCUUCAGGGAGAGUUGCAUGUACAAGGAUUGCAACCACAAGGCGCCCGAGGCCACGCUGCAGCUGCAGAGGCUCCAGAAGCUGCAGGAGGUGAAGGUCCAAUCGGACACGUCCUACAUGACCCUGGGGGAGCUGGACGCGGCGCUUCGCUCUCGCGGGCUAGCGUGCAUGGACGAGGAGUUCGACAGGUUGCAAAAGGAAGCAGCGGCAUACGCAUGGUCGGAGUGGGGGGCCGAUCUCGUGCUCUCCUCGGCGGAGUGCCACCCGAAGGAGAUGACGGAGAAAGAGAGCCCCGUGCAGGUCGACACCGAGGACUACCAGAGCCUGGACAGGACGUUCGCGACAUGGCGUCGCGUGGCAGCUGGACCAGGCGAAGAUUGGCAGUCAGAAGAGGACGAUGGUAGCGCAGCUGUGCACGCAGAUGGCGGGGAAGGCGGGGUAAGCGUUCGUCAAUCGCACGCUGUGCAGUUUGUCACGGACGUGGGGCAGAAAGACCUCAGGCCGAAUCCUGGGGAAGGUGGUGCCACGCCGAUCGAUAGCGAUAGUGGCACGGGCUUGCCGUCGAUCCCGAGCUUCCCGCAGCUCGCGAUGCCAGAGGUGUUCGACAUCGCCGACGGCGACGACGAGGAGUGGGCCGAGAAGGGCGAGGCCUUGCAGCUGGCCGACGAGCAGCCAGACGACAAGCAGCAAGAGGACAAGCACAAUGAGGUCAAGCAGUACGAGGACAGCCAGAAGGAGGACGACUAUGGCAGGGGGACCAGUGCGCCCCCACCUCAGCCCAUGGGGGCCAGCUCUGCCCAGGUGGAGGAGGACGAGGUCUGCCCCACCGCGGGCGAGGAGUUCCAGGCGCUGGCCGACCUGUACCUCGAGGGCGUCGAGCGCGACGGGAGCGAGCUCAGGGUUCGCUUCCAGACGCUUUGCGAGCGCCUCGGCAUCAAGAACGACUUCGAGGCGUUCUUCCAGGUCUUCUGCAACGACCUCGAG